CUGAACUUUUGGAAAACCGCCAAGAAUCUCAAUGGAUUCUGGGAUGUUAUGGUGGACAAAAAAGUCAGCAAAGAUCUCCUAGGGCUGCUGCAGAAACACGACAUUGCCUAUUUGAAGACUAUUGAAGACGUUCAAAAACUCAUCCAAACGAAGGAGCAUCGGAAACGACCACGGCGAUUGAAAGACGAAUCAUCGGCGCCAUUCUACGACUUUCAUCGCUACGGUUCUUACAGUCAAAUGGUGUCUUGGAUGCGCGCUUUGGCAAGAAACGACCCGCAGCAUGUUCAGUUUAUUUCCAUAGGCACUUCACACGAAGGCAGAUCUAUCGAUGGUCUUGAGGUGAAUUUGUCAGAAAAUAAUUAUUAA